AUGGAUGAUCAACAAAUUCAUCCACAAUCCUACUGGAGAUGGAGCAAAGAAGAUUUCUUCCCGGAGGAAUCUUUCCGGGACUGGAGUACAUACAGGUACGCCUUGUCCCACACCUAUUCCAGGUUCAAAGAUCGUCUCCUCAGCCGCUCUGAAGAUUCCGACGAGAUUGAGAAGCUAAAAAAGCAGAGUGAGAAUGAAAUGAAGCGCUGCCUCAACUGGUGGGAUUUGAUGUGGUUCGGUUUUGGUGCAGUCAUCGGUGCCGGAAUCUUUGUUCUUACCGGACAGGAAGCCCAUGACAACGCUGGAUCAGCUAUUGUUUUAUCUUACGUAGCUUCUGGAUUUUCUGCGAUGCUUUCCGUUUUCUGCUAUACAGAGUUCGCUAUAGAGAUUCCGGUGGCUGGUGGUUCGUUUGCAUACCUCAGAGUAGAACUGGGAGACUUCGCCGCGUUCAUCACCGCCGGAAAUAUUCUUCUUGAAUGCAUUCUGGGUGGUGCAGCAGUUGCUCGAUCAUGGACGUCGUACUUCACCAGUCUUCUCAAUCGUGAACCAAAUUCUUUACGAAUACAUACAAAUCUCAGAGAAGGUUACAAUCUGUUGGAUCCAAUAGCAGUUUGCGUGCUAGCAAUCGCUGCCAUCAUUGCAGUGAGCAGCACAAGAAACACUUCGAAACUUAACUGGAUUGCAUCUGCAAUCAACACCAUCGUCAUCCUCUUCGUCAUCAUCGCAGGGUUCAUGCAUGCCGACACUUCAAACAUGAAACCUUUUGCACCUUAUGGCCCCGAAGGUGUCUUUAGAGCUGCAGCUAUUGUGUACUUCGCUUACGGAGGAUUUGAUACAAUCGCAACCAUGGCGGAAGAAACAAAGAACCCAUCAAGGGACAUACCUCUGGGAUUACUCGGUUCUAUGUCGAUCAUCACUAUAAUUUAUUGCCUGAUGGCGCUUUCGUUAUCCAUGAUGCAGAAAUAUACAGAUAUUGAUCCUAACGCUGCCUACUCGGUUGCAUUUGAAAAAGUUGGCAUGAAGUGGGCUAAGUAUUUGGUGGCUCUAGGUGCGCUCAAGGGUAUGACCACGGUUCUAUUGGUUGGUGCACUUGGUCAAGCUCGUUAUAUAACUCAUAUUGCACGAGCCCAUAUGAUCCCACCAUGGUUCGCUCUAGUCCACCCUAAAACAAAAACUCCAAUAAACGCUACCUUACUAAUCACCAUUUGUAGUGCCUGUAUCGCUUUCUUUUCAAGUUUAGACGUAUUGGCAAGUUUACUAUCCAUAAGCACACUCUUUGUUUUCAUGAUGAUGGCGGUUGCAAUUAUCAUUAGGAGAUACUAUGUAAAAGGGGUGACACCAAAUUCGAGCCUAUUGAAACUAGUAGGGUUUUUGGUGAUCAUAAUUGGAUCUUCCAUAGGGACUUCCGCUUGUUGGGGGUUGGACCCUAGUGGUUGGGUGGGUUACACCGUUACUGUCCCUUUAUGGUUCUUUGGGACACUCGGGAUCUCGUUGAUGUUGACACAACAACGGACCCCAAAAGUCUGGGGAGUGCCGUUGGUUCCUUGGAUCCCUGCACUUUCAAUAGCAACAAAUUUGUUUUUGAUGGGAUCAUUGGAGUAUAUGGCGUUUAUAAGGUUUGGUAUUUGUACGGUGAUUAUGUUGAUAUAUUAUGUGUUAUUUGGUCUUCAUGCCACUUAUGACAUGGCACAUCAUCAAUAUGAAAAGGAGCCAAAUGUUAUAGAUGAAGAUAGUGUUGGAAAACCCUAG